UAUUGGAAACAGCAGCCCCCGCAAAACGCGCAUCUUCGCGGUCUCUCUAGCACUCUCUCUCUCAAAGAACAAAAUAGGAAAGAACAGCGAAAUCAAUCUUCAAAACCUUUUUUUUUUGUAAAUUAUACUGUAUUCGCCGACUCUCAGAUUCGUCUGCUAAGCCUACAAUCAGAAGGGAUUGAAUAACGGUGAUGUUGGGCGCAUUAAGGAGAAACGUUGCGAGCAGAGGCUCAUCAGCUUCGGCGUUAAGGAAGUCAUUGCAUGCGAUUCGGCCGGGUGUUUCAGCGUCCGGAGUUUCAUCGGAUGCUGGAAAAGAGAUACUAUUACUUCAGCCAAGAGGAAUUACCCAUGUCCGGAACUUCUCUCCUCUUGUUCUGCCGGGCUGUUCUAUUGGUUUAACAAAGACAAGGGAUGUCAUUUCUAGCAUUCAGUCAGAGACUAUCAUGCAAAAGUCAUGCAGGGCUUUCUCUUCUGGAGAUGGAGAUCUGGUUGAUGCUGUUGUCCCUUUCAUGGGAGAAUCAAUAUCUGAUGGCACUUUGGCAACAUUCUUGAAAAAACCUGGUGAUAGAGUAGCAGCUGACGAACCAAUUGCUCAAAUAGAAACUGAUAAGGUAACAAUUGAUGUUAGCAGUCCCCAAGAUGGUGUGCUACAAGAGUAUGUGGCCAAGGAAGGAGAUACAGUGGAACCAGGUAACAGGAUUGCUGUCAUUUCAAAGUCUGCUGAGGGUGUAGCACCAGCUGCCCCUGCUGAAAAGAAAUCAGAAAAAGCUGCUUCCGAGCCAUCUCCAGCUGAAACUGUGGAGAAGCCUAAAACCCCAUCAUAUGAUGAAGGGGAUCUGGUUGAUGCUGUUGUCCCUUUCAUGGGAGAAUCAAUAUCUGAUGGCACUUUGGCUACAUUCUUGAAAAAACCUGGUGAUAGAGUAGCAGCUGACGAACCCAUUGCUCAAAUAGAAACUGAUAAGGUAACAAUUGAUGUUACUAGUCCCCAAGAUGGUGUGCUACAAGAGUAUGUAGCCAAGGAAGGAGAUACCGUGGAACCAGGUAACAGGAUUGCUGUCAUUUCAAAGUCUGCUGAGGGUGUAGCACCUGCUGCUUCUGCUGAAAAGAAAUCAGAAAAAGCUGCUUCCAAGCCAUCUCCCCCAACUGAAACUGUAAAGGAGGAUAAGCCAAAAGCUAAAGUUGAAACUUCUCCUUCUGUCGAGAAGCCUAGAGCCCCAUCUCCACCACCUCCAAAACGAACUGCUACUGAACCUAUACUUCCACCCAAGGAAAGGGAAAGAAGAGUUCCUAUGACAAGGCUUAGGAAACGGGUUGCUACACGAUUGAAAGAUUCUCAGAAUACUUUUGCAAUGUUGACAACAUUCAAUGAAGUCGACAUGACUAAUUUGAUGAAGCUCCGCUCUGAUUAUAAGGAUGCUUUUGUUGAGAAACAUGGUGUCAAGUUGGGAUUUAUGUCCGGAUUUGUUAAAGCUGCUGUUAGUGCACUUCAGCAUCAGCCUAUUGUAAAUGCUGUAAUUGACGGGGAUGAUAUUAUUUAUAGAGACUAUAUAGAUAUCAGCAUUGCUGUUGGUACUCCGAAGGGGCUUGUCGUUCCAGUUGUCCGUGAUGCUGAUAAGAUGAAUUUUGCUGAGAUAGAGAAGACAAUUAACAGCCUUGCAAAGAAGGCAAAUGAUGGGACCAUAUCAAUUGAUGAAAUGGCUGGAGGCUCGUUUACAAUAUCCAACGGUGGUGUUUAUGGAAGUCUGUUGAGUACCCCCAUUAUCAACCCUCCUCAGUCGGCUAUCUUGGGUAUGCAUUCAAUAGUGUCCCGACCAAUGGUUGUUGGAGGUAACGUAGUCCCAAGACCUAUGAUGUAUGUUGCCCUCACUUAUGACCAUAGGCUGAUUGAUGGAAGAGAAGCGGUCUUCUUCUUGCGUCGUAUCAAGGAUGUUGUGGAAGACCCCCGCAGGCUGCUACUUGAUGUAUGAAGGCCCUAAUAGCAACUGCUGUUAUAUUUCAUUAGCAUUAGAUGCAUACCUCUUGUUUAAAUGAACAAGAAUAAAUGCCUGAAGUUUUGUAGGGUUUCAUUUGUUGAUUCACCCUUUAUCGAGUUCCAAAAUUGCGGCUAGCCAUUGUUGAACUAUAUCAAGCAUCGAAAACAUAUUUCUAGUUUCUGUUGUGCAAAUAUGUUUUUCUUUCUAUUUUUCUCCAAGUUCUUUAAAUUCUGGUGUGAAGGUACCCACGUUACCAAUGUGGGUUCAAUGUAUCAUCCAUAAAUCAACAUUGGCGACACUUUAAAUGUGAAAAUCAGACAUGGACAGGUU